GACAGAGCCGUCAACCUGGUGGUGGGAGGACUGACCUCCCUGCUCGUUGCAGUAACAGUGAUCAGUUCAUUCGUGUUCCCCUCGUUGCCUCCCUGGCCACUCAACGUCUUUUUGGCUUUCUGUAUCCUGCUGACCUGCGGCUCGGCCAUGGUGCUGAUUGUCUGGUACCGGCAGGGGGACUUGGAUCCGAAGUUCAGGAAGUUAAUCUACUACAUGCUGGCCUCCAUCAUGCUGCUGUGUCUCUGUGCUAACCUGUACUUCCACGACGUGGGCAGAGGGACGUGAGACUGGACAUGCCUUACUCACCCUUACAGCCACACACAGUCACUGAUUGGACUAGUGGAACCAGGUGGACUAGUGGAACCAGUUAUACCAGGAGGAUGGUAGACCUGCCCAGUACCAGUUCCGGUGGGGGGCGCACAUUCCACACAAGCACAAAAAGGACAGACAGUUUCCAGACAAGUGACUGUCCACCAAUCAUAGUCAAGUGACUGUUUCUACUCUACCAAUCAUCUGACCACAUAGCUCUGCACAGUAAUCACUUUAGGAUUAUUCAGACCAUUUGUUUAUUUUUUAUUUAGUAUUUUAUGCAAUAAAUAAUCAUAUCCUGUCUGGCCUGUGAGUUGUUGUCCUGCACCUCUGUCAUAAGCUUUGUUGAUAGCUGGCGUCCUGCAUCCUGUGUCUUCUUCUUGGCCACAUUCUGAUUGGCCCACAUUUUCAGAAAGGUGUCUACACAUGGUAUUAAAACGUCUCUUCUCCACUGUC